UGAGUAUGCGCGAGAUAUUUUAUGCGUGUAUGUAUGAACCGCAAUCUUACCGCGAUAUUAUGUCACUUGUUUGCUGUGAAUUUAUUAUCCGAUACUUAAUAUCUACAUAUGUAUAUCCGUAUAUGCAGAUCACUGCAUCUAAAUCCGUUCUAAAAUCAGUAUUUCUGGAUUUUCACUGUUAAAAUUCAUCCUUAAAUUUUGAUUUUAUUAUUAUUAUUACAUUAUACUGGAUUUCGUGAAUAUAAUAAUGAAAAUUCAGCCUAGAAGAGGAUCCAGGAAUCGCGGUUUCUGAUUCGAAAAUAGUCGGAGGAUUCUUUAAUUUCAUCACCGAGGAAAUCGCCUCGGUGACUAUGUGGUUUCAUCGUUAGAUGGCCCAACAGAUUCAGUUAUGACAUGUUUAAUAACAAACGAGUUUGUAUAAAACUGUAAAGUGGAAUCGGUUUGAAUUCCAAAUGGAAAUCGAAUACAAGCUCCUAAGAGAGCUUGAUUGCAAACAAGGAGCUGUCAGGGCAGUACGAUUCAGCGUUGACGGUGCUUAUUGUUUAACUUGCGGCUCCGAUAGAAAAUUAAAAUUAUGGAAUCCUCACAGAGGUGUAACUCUGAAAACAUACGGGGGACACGGGGACGAAGUUAUGGAUGCUUGUGCAUCCUGUGAUAGUAGUCAAAUAAUAUCUUGUGGGUUAGACAAAUCUGUCAUCCUCUGGGAUGUAGCCACUGGGACCCCAGUUCGUCGUUUAAGGGGUCAUGCUGGUCCUGUAAAUGCUGUGAGAUUCAACGAAGAAUCUUCUAUGGUUGUCUCCGGGUCCAGAGAUAAUUCGGUGAUGUUAUGGGAUGUUCGUUCCAAAGCAGUAGAGCCAGCACAGUGUUUAGGGGAAGCUAAAGAUUCGAUUUCUAGUGUUAGAGUGACGGAUCACGAGAUUUUAACAGCUUCGUUUGAUGGAAAAAUACGUAGGUACGAUAUUCGCGUGGGUCAGAUGUAUGCAGAUUUCAUGGGAGAUGCAGUGACGUGUGCUAGUUUUACAAAGGAUGGUCAAUGCGUAGUAGUUAGUUGUGCGGACGGUGUGAUUAGAUUAAUGGAUAAAGACUCUGGAGAAUUGCUAGGAGAGUUUACAGGUCAUGUAGCGAACAAUUUAUGUUUGGAAUCGAGCGUCGACAACCAGGACACUCGCAUUCUUUCUGGUUCCGCGGAUGGAAAGCUGUGGAUAUGGGAUCUAGUCUCGCAGAAAGUAGUUGCCAAACUCUCAGGAUUUAAGCCUACGAAACACCCCGUAGUAUCGUUGAGCGUCCAUCCGCAAACAAAUUGUUUCUUAGCUACUAAUGGCCCAAGCGUAUUAAUGUGGAGUACCUUAACAACGAAAGAAUAACAUACACUAUUACUCGCUUGUUCUCUUUCAUUUGUAUCGUAAUGCACAUGCAAUUUUUCACACAACAAACGAUACAUUAUUUGUAUAUUACGAAAAUAGAUAAGACAUAGAUUAGGUCAAGUGGAACCUCCUUGUUAAUCACAAUGUACAAAAUAUAAAUAAAUUUUCGUACGAGCAUGCAA